CGUCAGCUGCUCCUAUUUUCUGCUGUCGCUUUUGGCGCUCGGCCAUCCAGAAACAAACCACUUCGAUGACUCCUAAUAGUUAUCGCCAGAUGUACUAAUACACAACAAAUCACGGUCCGGGAGAGGGGGAGAGCAAAUGAGUUCCUAUUUCGUGAAUCCCACUUUCCCGGGGAGCCUGCCCGGGGGCCAGGACUCUUUCCUCGGGCAGAUCCCCCUGUACCCGGCGGGCUAUGAUGCUCUCAGGCAUUUUCCAGCUUCGUACGGGGCAAGCAGCCUGCAGGACAAGACUUACACCUCACCUUGUUUCUACCAACAGUCCAACACCGUCAUUGCUUGCAAUCGGGCUUCCUAUGAGUACGGAGCCUCUUGUUUUUAUUCGGACAAGGAAAUUAGUAGCGCCUCUCCCUCCGGCAGUGGCAAACAGAGGGGGCCCGGGGACUACCUGCAGUUUUCUUCCGAUCAACAGUACAAAUCCAGCGGCGUCCAAGCCAAAAUUGUAAAUGACGAAGGCACCGACCGGAAGUACACGAGCCCUGUUUACCCCUGGAUGCAGCGGAUGAACUCCUGCGCUGGUACAGUAUAUGGAACUCAUGGGAGACGAGGGAGGCAAACUUACACCAGAUACCAAACGCUAGAGUUAGAGAAGGAAUUUCAUUUUAACAGAUACUUAACCCGAAGACGACGUAUUGAGAUUGCAAACGCUCUCUGCCUUACUGAACGCCAGAUUAAAAUAUGGUUUCAAAACAGGCGGAUGAAAUGGAAAAAGGAAAACAAAUUCAUAAAUUCCACACAGCCCAGCAGCGAAGAAACAGAGGAAAAGUCAGGGGAGUAGAACCACAUUUAAUAAACGCUACCAGGCCUUUCCUUAGCGCUUACUCUUACUAUUAUUAUUUACCUUGUGUUCCUUCUGCUACUAAAAUCCUAUAGGUUUGUCACAGUCUAUUAAUUCCCAAAAGGCUUGGUGAAAAGAUGCACAUUUGCAAUCAUCUGUGACUUUUUUUAAUAUACGUGGAAGUCCUAGCUUUCGAGCUACAGGCAUGUAUGUAUAUAACCACCUUCCCAAAGCGUAGAUGGCGUUGCUUAAAGUAUUAGAAAUCUGAUGGCCCAGAUUUUUAAAUAUUUGAGGUGAGCAAGUGUGUGUGGGUGAGUGUCCCUGGAGUGCCUGUGUGAAAAGAAAUAAGUGAGUGAUUUUUUUUUUUUUAAUUAUAAAUGUUCAUAUUGUAGAAAUACGAGAGAUUUUAUAAAAUCUUGGGUUUAUGUUUUUGCUAACUCCCGCUAUGUUGGGCCGUCUUGUUAUGCUGUGUUUAUGAGUUUAUGGUCUGCAACGGAAAAAAAAAAAAAAAAAAAAAGAAAGUUUUACACAUUUAUAAGAUAUUUAAAUAGCAAAAAGAAGAAAAAAUCCUUUUAAAAAGUCGUUGUAUAAAAUCCUGGGUAUAAACUUGCAGUUAAAGCGAAGAUGAAUUGCAGGGAGAUUUUUUUUUUAAUGCCGCUAAACUGCCUAAUCUGCACUACUAGUAUUGAAGUAAAAACUCGGCGUUAAACUUCAGGGGAAGCGAGGGAAGAGGUUUCGAAGGGGGCAAAUUUCUCUGGUUCCCGUUGAGCUGACACCGAGGUUUCGGUGAUCUCAACUCUACACUGAAGGGGCUUUGACUUAUGGAUUACAUUUCUUGGGGCUUCGUGGGCUUGGGUCGAUCUUCCUUUCUUUUCUUUUCUUUUCUUUUUUUUUUUUUUUUUUUUUU